AUGCGGCCUUUGACUGAAGAGGAGACCCAUGUCAUGCUCGAGAAGAUAGCAAAAUACAUUGGGGAGAACCUGCAGCUGCUGGUGGACAGGCCCUGCGGCACCUACUGCUUCAGGCCGCACAAUGACUGCAUGUACUGCGUCAGUGAGAACAUCCUGAAGCUGACCGUCAAUAUCUCCGGGAAUAAACUCCUCUCACUCAGGACCUGCUUUGGAAAAUUCACCAAGACUCACAAGUUCCACUUGCACAUUACAGUUCUGGAUUACCUCGCUCCUUAUGCCAAGGGUUUUGGAGUGGCAGCAAAGUCAACACAAGAUUGCAGGAAAGUUGACCCCAUGGUGAUUGUGGUAUUUCAUCAAGCAGACAUUGGAGAAUACAUAAGCCAUGAAGAGACAAUGACUUAA